AAACGCAGCGUCAAUACACAAAGAGUAACCAGAACAACAUCAGAUCUUCUACAUCUUGUUCUUGAAGCCAGCAGCGGGCUUUGGCUUGUUUGUUAAAGCAUUAGUAGGAGAGAAAAGCAGGGAGAAAUCAUUAGAGAGGAAUCCCAGGCAUAUGGCUGGCUUUUGUCGGCUCCCCUCCCCCUCCCUUCCUUCCCCUCCUGUCGUCCGCUCCGCAGCAGCAGCAGGACAGAGGUAGUUCAGUUUUUGAAGCCGUGGCAUGAAUGAUCUCAUCUGAACCUGAUCUCCGCUUUCUCUGCUGUCGAUCCUAUGACCGAGACGGGAAUUAAAUUAACACAAACACGAGCAGGAGUCUUGCCUCAGACUGGCCUAAAAUGGGCAGAAAUGGUGCUGAACAAAAGCUGCUUGUCGCUCGUACAAAAGUACUUGAAGCGUUGCAGCCGGGACCAAGCUGCAUUGCUAUUGCCUGUGCCUCUCAACAGGAAAGAGAGACAACAUGUUCCCGAAGGGCACCAAGCGCAAGUUCUCAGACUCUGGGGAGGAGGCCGUCUCCAGUGGCGACCAGGGCCCCGCAUCUCCUUCGGUGGCAGCUCGGACGCUGUCUUCCUCUUACAGUCUGCAGCGGCAGUCGCUGCUUGACAUGUCGCUCAUCAAGCUGCAACUUUGUCACAUGCUGGUAGAGCCGAACCUGUGCCGUUCAGUUCUAAUUGCCAACACGGUGCGGCAGAUCCAGGAGGAAAUGACCCAGGAUGGCACCUGGCAGAUAAUGACGCAGGCCCUCGCAGCCGCCCAGUGUCCCACCGACCGCCUGGUGGCCACUGAAGUGCUGUGCCGACAGACUGAUGCAGCAGCCCAGGCAGGGCAGAGCCCAAAGCCUUACUCAGUGGUCGGUGUGGAGGAAGGCUACCACUCUGAAGAAGUGGUCAUGGAGGGAGAUGUGGAGACGGAUGUCACCAUGUCUACUUUGUCACCCGUCUCCCCUCAGCUGUCCUCGGCUUCUUACCUCGCAGGUCCCUUUGGCAUGGGGCCCUGCUGGGAGGAGGAAGAGGAAGAUGGUGAGUGCGAGGAGGAAGAAGAGGAGGACAGCGAGGAGUGCGUAUCAGAGGGAGAGGAGGGAGACGGGGACCACCUAAGUGCAGACUCCAGGACAGGGGAGCAGGUUUUUGGCACUUUUGAGAUCAAGCACCCAGCGCCGCCCCCUGACCCUGCGCUCGAGGAACUGUUUUCAGACGUGGACCCGUCUUACUAUGACCUCGAUACGGUGCUGACAGGCAUGCAGAGCGCCCCGAAAAUGGGGCCUUACGAUCUGCUCGAUAGCCUGUCCUCUCAUGGGCCCACGGCCCUGAGCUCCAGCUCGAGCUGCAGGUCAGACCUGAACGAACUGGACCACAUCAUGGAGAUCAUAGUGGGAUCCUGAAACUCUGAACAUUCCUCUGGUCUGUACUGAUGCCACAGACUCUUUCCAGACUAUGCACAGUACACGUGUGUGUUCUGUAUGUGGUAUUGUUACACAUAGAGAUUGUUGGAGGUUUUGGAUCAAGAUGGGAAAUUAACAGCAAGCCAAGUAGAUUUGGGGAUGGGGGUAUUAGAGAUGUAGUUAGUCUCCUGUAACAGCCACUUGGGCAGGUUAACAUCUGCUGUUGUGAUCUUUUGUAUAAAGAAAUAAAAUAAAAUGCAAUUGGCAGUUACAAUUGUGUGGGUAAAAUUAACAAAUCUGGGGAUUUAGAAGGUAUGCUGGUGAGUUGGCAAAGCAGUUAGUUUCCCACUUUGGUUCUGAAAUCCAAAACUCAACAAUAUCUGUGAGAAGGCAAAGAUAAUUACCUUAUAACUACCAUGAUGCAUUCUUAUUUAGGUGUUCAUGUCCGUCAUUCACUCUGUCAUACUAGCUCCUUCUGGCCGUAUUCUCUGCCAUUUCAUCAGUUCUAUUUAUUGUUACAUGGACUGAGAAACAAUUCAUCACACUACAUGCAUCAAAAACCAGAACAAAUUGUAAAUCCAAAUCUAUAAAUCAAUGCAUAUUUUCCUAGAGAUUUGAGCAAUUAUGAAUGGAAUUUAUGUAUAUGUACGUAUGUGUAUAUAGAAAUAUAUUUUUUGCAUUAUACAGCUGGGGGAUUUUGCAGGCAUCAUUUGAUAUUAUUAUUUUUCCCUCCCAAGCGGUUUUUAAGAUUUUAAUAGCCAGUCUCAAGACGGUGUCUUCCCAUGGUUUGGUAUAGUCGACUGUAACAGGUGUCAGGACUGGCAUCGUCUCACUUUAUAGGCGCUGUUCUUUCAUUUUCUUAAAAGCUUUACGCAGAGCAGGAAAAUUGCUGCCAGUUAACAAACAAGGAGCAAGAGUUGUCAUUUCUGGUAAGUUUACAGUAGCCAGGAGACAAAUGAAGUAAUUUUCCUGCUCUGCUGUCAUCAUGGAUCCAAUAUCAGUAAUAAGCAGCUUUUUCCUCACGCAUUUUGGAGAAACCCCGGGGUGAUAACUGCAUCGAGAAGCCAUAUUUCUUUCUCUCAUUUGUUAUUCCAAGUGAAGAAUUCUGUGUGUUUAACCCAUCUAAUUUAUUGUUGUUUUAUUUAUUGUAUUUAUUUUAUCAAGGUACAGACAUGCCAUGUUGACCUAUCAAUUCAACCGUGAGGCCCGAUGAAAUUGUAUUUAUCCAAAUUGUGCCCUUCGUUUCCAAUGCAGUACCUAUUUAUUCCUAAGUUUUCUUUUUAAGGACUAUUAGUAAUAACAACAACCGGGUUACUAUUCAAAUUACUAUGCAGCUCUGUCAUAUGUGUUUCAAAAUGACUGUAUACAAAUCAAAUGUCCUUUAAUUCCUUUAUGCAAACAGUUGCCUUUCUCCUAAAUAUGUGGAAAAUCAAAUGCAUUCUUCAAAAUUGUUCCUUAUCGUGAUGAAGAGAUUAACUCAGGCAAAUAAAAUGUAUUGACUAAAAUACAGUAUUACGACACGCUUAAUACCUUACCACAACACUCCUGAAGGAUGUCACUCUGGUCUGAAUGGGAGCUAGAACUUCAAAGACUAAUUAUCGUUGUAAAAUGUAUGCAUUUUUUAUAUUAAGACAAAAACAUUGUAGCAUCUUUGUAAAUAUUUUUUAUAAUAAAAGGUGCAACUAUUGA